AUGUCAGACGCCAGCGCCAACGCGGCUCGUGUUGCAAUUGUGACCGGGGCGGCGCAAGGAAUCGGAGAAGCCAUCGCCCUAAGGUUCGCCCGGGAUGGGUUCGACCUCGCCCUUGUCGACCUCCCGGCGAAGCAAGAGCAACUCGACGCGGUCGUGAAAGCCGUCGAAGCAUUAGGAGCACGCGCCACGGCCGUCUUCGGGGACACCUCUCUCGAAGCAGACGUAGUCAAAUACGUCGAGAAGACGGUGCAGCAAUUCGGCGGGGUCGACGUGAUGGUGGCGAACGCGGGUAUUUUCAGCUACAAACCGAUCCUGGAGCUGAGCGUCGAGGAGUUCGACAACGUGAUGGGCGUGAACGCGCGCGGCCUCAUGCUCGCUAUCAAACACGCCGGCCGGCAGAUGGUCAAGCAGGGACGAGGCGGGCGGAUUAUUGCUGCGGCGUCUUAUGCGGCCAAGACAGGAAUUAUGAACUCGUCGGCGUAUAGUGCUUCCAAGUUCGCUACGCGUGGGCUCGUGCAAAGCGCAGCGCUCGAGCUUCGGCAGCACAAGAUUACCGUGAAUGCAUACGCACCAGGCCUCAUCAUCACCCCGCUCACAACGCACCCUGAUGAUGAGAAGAACGGCGGCCCUGCAUCUACAGGGCUGAAGAACGCCGGCAUGCCUCAAGAUAUGAAGGCAGGGACGGCUGAAGACGUGGCUGAGCUGGUCGCGUAUCUAGCUAAGCCGGAGGCUUGGUAUGUGACAGGGCAAUGCAUCAAUAUCAACGGAGGGAUUGCGAUGGAUUAA